AGCUGUUUUAUCCCAAGCUCCUGGACGCCAGGCAUCAGGAACGGGAGCCUGCGAUGGUGACUGCGCGUCUCUCGCUGCUGCUGCUGCCGCUGGCGCCGGGCGCCGCGGGGAGCGCCCCGAGCUCGAGGGUGGCCAGCAUGGCCCAGAGGGCGGUCGCCGGCAGAUGCGGGCGGGGGGCGGUCGGGGGCAGAUUCCGAGGCGCCGACGUGGAGGCGAGCCGCGAGGCCCUGGUGAGGACGCAGGGUGGCGACAAUUUCGUCCUGGAGAUCUUGUCCGCGUCCAGCAGUCGCGCCGACGCCGAGCGCCGCGCGGAGGAGUACGCGAGGGGCCGAGGCGACGUGGCGGGCGCGGUGCGGGAGGUCUCCCAUCGUCCGCUCGGCCUUGCGGUGUUCGGUCUCCUCGUGGUGUUCUUCCCGUACACCCGAAGAAGAGAAGCCUUCGCAGACAGAACGCUUUCGGAGCUCCGCGCGGAUUUGGCUUGGGGCCGUCCUUUUCGUUCGCGUCACAGGGGCUCUGCAUUGGAGCGGCAGUCAUAACCAACACGGGGUCGCACAGCGCCGUCGGGUCACAGGGCCAACCCGGGGUCACGCCAGCCCCGCUGGGCUUCCGAGGGCUCCCGAGAGGGGUCACGCAACAUGCCCGGCAACAUGGGUGCGUCAUUGCCGCAGGUUGGCAACGCUACAGAAUGGACGCGGCCAUAUCUUGGAUCGGCGCUGGACCCCCUGGCCAGGCGGGUCCAGCGCCGGCCGGCUCAGCAAAUCCCCGCGGGCCCCCGAGAGUUUGUGUUCACGCAGGGGGUCUUGUGGAUUCUUCUGCAUACAUGUGCCUCACUUCGUGCCCGUGCUUCGCGAGGUGGCGCGUCUGCUUUCCCAAGGAAGCCCCAGGGACGCCGCGAGUCGCCUUGAGGUUGUCUGGAUUGCUUGCCGUGAGUGUCGUGGGCGUUGGGAUCUUCAUCUGUUGUGGGUACGCAUGGGGUUAUCAUGCGAAGUUUCUCGACGGCGUGGAUAGUUUCGGCUGUAUCUCGGCGAAGCUAACGCUGGCGGUUGUGGAUGGGCAGGAGGAUCCCCCCUUCGUCGGCCUGAACGCCAUGAUCGCACGGCUCCGCAAGCUCUCGCUGGCUCUCGGCGGCAACUCGACGAGCUACACCUCGCAGCUGGACGGGCUGCUGGCGCUCGGCGUCAACUCGACGAGCUACACCUCGCAGCUGGACGGGCUGCUGGCGCUCGGCGGCAACUCGACGAGCUACACCUCGCAGCUGGACGGGCUGCUGGCGCUCGGCGGCAACUCGACGAGCUACACCUCGCAGCUGGACGGGCUGCUCGAGAACGCCGGGGAGCUCGGCGCCUCCGCCGCGCAGUGGCUGCACGACCGCGGCCUCGGGGGCACGCGGCCCGGGGGGGACGCCUGGCCCCGCCUCGGCUCCUCCCGCCCCGCGCCGGCGCUCCGCGGAGCAGCUGCGCCGCCACGGCGGCUCACCGUCGGCGGGGCGGGCGCCGCCCCGCCGCAGCGGUUCCCCGACGGCUCCGCGGAGCUCGCGGGCAGCACGAGGCGCCGGGCCGCGGCGGGCCCCGAGCCCCUCGUCGGCGAGGAGGGCGCCGCGGGGCUCGCGGCGGGCGCGAGGCGCCAGGCCGCGGCGGGCCCCGCGCCCCUCGUCGACGAGGCGGGCGCCGCCCAGCUGCAGCAGUUCCUCGGCGACGCCGUGGGGCUCGCGGCGAGCACGAGGCGCGAGGCCGCGGAGAGCCUCGAGCCCCUCGUCGGCGAGGAGAGCUGGGACCGCGCCCGGGGCCUCGCCGCCGCCGCGGGCCUGGGCGGGGCGCUGGCGCCCGCGUCGGGCGCCGCGCUCGUGGCGGCCGCCGGCCUGCUCGCCGCGUGCUGCUCCGUGGGGCAGGCGGGCGGCGGCGGCGCGGCCGUGCGCAGGGGCGCGUGCGGCGUCUGGGCGCUGGCCGGUCCGCUGGGCGCGUGCUGCCUGCUGUGGGGGGCAGCGCUGGGCUCGCUGGCCGUCCCGGUGAGCAGCGCGUGCCUGGUCCUCGGCGACAUCGACAGGGCCAUGGUCGAGGACAUGCGCGGAGCUCUGGGCUUGGACAGUCUCCCCAACGACCACUUUGCCAUGCUGACGGAAACGGUGGACAAGUGCCUGAAUCCAGCGGACCCCUCCGUCGUGUCGAAUUUCGCCGACAUCAUCUUCUUCAGGACCAGGAGCGGCGCGAAGGUGACUGUGAGGGAGGAGUUGCAGUCGCAGCUCGAGCUCUACAUUACGUCCAGUUUCGACGCGAUGGCACAGAACAUUCCGGACGGAGGUAGCCCCGACAGCAUCACCGCGGAGUUGCAUGAGUUAGUUGAUACGGAGAUCAUCACGCCUAUCGACACCAUUAUCGAUGGUAUGCGGUGUGAUUGGCUCACUGAGUACUACCAGGAGGCGGUGUGGGGUGUCUGCUAUCAGGGCGUCGUUGUCUUGUCCCAGGUCAGCACAGUGUGCAUUGCUCUCGGCACAUUGCUGGCACUCCUCACUGUGAUUAUGGGGCACGGUGGCGGAUGUCCUCUGGCGUAGUGCCCACGACAACGUCCAGGUGUUGCGAGAUGCCAAGCUACGCAUGUAGUUGGAGGUGAGGGGGCUGGAGAGGGGGUCAACACGCAAUUGCAUGAAUUAAUGUAUUCGGAGAUCGCCAAACCCAUCGACACCACCAUACAGAGGCGUGGUGUUGGGCGUCUGCCCUCAGGGCGUCGUUGUCCUAUCCCAGAUCGUUGACACUCCUCAUUGUGAUUGUGCAAGCCUUCUGGCGUAGUACUGACAACAACGCCCAGUUCUUGCGAUACAGGAAGCCAAGCUACGCAUGUAGUUGAACAGCAUCUGCGUUCACCGAGCUGGGCGCAGCCAGGUUGAAUGUGGGCGCACAGCAACUGCAGCACGGCCUGCCUCCAGAGGUGGUGAAUUCGGGCUACAUAGCCAACAGUGCGGCAAGCUAAGAGCCUCCAGCGCCGUUAGGUCGGAGGUUCGCGCUUCCGAUCCGGCUGCUUUAGGAUUUCUGCUUUGGCGGUCAGUCCAUUGACGGGCCUCCAAGCCGCCUCGCGCAGCAUUUCGGGCGACUCGGGCAGUGCGCGUUUACAGUCCUCUGGCGCAGCUCGCCGAGCAAGACGCGAAGGCCGAACUCGGUCACCCGCGAGCCCAAGGCCCCCAGCCACGCACCAGCCGCCGCUGAUGGUCUAGUUUCAGCUGGGCUGAAGUGCCCAACUACAGUGUGGUAUUUCGGCCGGGCUACAGCUAGUUGCAGUUCGCGAGAUAGUCGCCUGCGAGUUUAGCCUGCCUACUUGUUCUCGCGCCUGCUUCUCACCUACAAGGCUUCGCACUCUGCCACUUGCGCCCCGCAUGAUGGGCGAGUGGCUCGAAAGGUGUCGCAUUGAAUUCGCGAGCGGGCCUUCCUUCCUGGG